AUGGUUUCCAACACCGUGAUCAUCACGUCACGUCGAAAAAACGCGGCGGAAAACCCUUCUCUCGAGCUUAUUCGCGAGUUUUUGGAGGCCAUUGUGUUGACGCGUUUCCAGGUCACAGCGACGUGCCCCAUGCAGCUGGUGGCGCUGCCUACGCUACAAAGGUGUGUUUUGGUGUGUCCUUCUUUGGAAAUAGCGCAAGAGGCGAUCUUGUUGCAUUCGCAGUGGCCACAACUGGACGCGUUUCAGUUCCAGUUUUCCGCGGCGGCUUCACAGCCGCCGUUGGCUGCUCCCAAACAGUUUCUGGAGCUGCCAAAGCAGCGGGCACUGUUCCUGGUGUCGCCACCAGUGUCGCCGCCGCCCGAGUUCGACUACUCGCGGCUGGAGGAGUCGCCCAAUCGACACCAGGGCUUGCGACCGGUUGGUCACGUGGGUGCAUUUCCAGCAGCAUCCUCGAAAAGCUCUCAUCACCUACACCCUCACCACCACCAGGUACUAUUGCACCAUCCCAGCACCUCCAUCACACUCGACACAGCCGCUGUGGAAACUGAAAAACGACUGGAUACCGAACCAAACCUUUCCGUGCAUGGCGAUGCAAAUGUCCAUGCACACGAAUUACAAUUGCCAUCAAUCGACCAGUUUAGAACCGCAGUUCCACCCCGAUCUAUCUUUGACGACUGCGACUAG